UAUAGAGGUCAGUGUACAUAAAUACAAAACAAAAAACAACGGCGACGUUUCGGAAACAUGGUAUUUCUUACUUUAUCUUGUUGGAUUCGUAGCCGAGGGCCGGAUCGAUAUUGGAGGGUACAAGAAGUCCUGAAGAAUGCACGGCACUUUCGGGGAAGGAAGAAUCGGUGUUAUAGCCUGGCCGUGAGAGCGGUCCGCAGGGCGUUUGUGUACGCCACCAAGGCACGCAAGGCCAAACGGCAUCACAUGCGACAGCUGUGGAUUUCCCGCAUCGCUGCUGCUUCCCGGGAGCAUGGUAUGAAGUAUCCAGCACUCAUCCACAACCUAGUGAAGACCAACGUGCAGGUGAACCGACGAAUCCUGAGCGACUUGGCGAUAACUGAGCCGCGCUCGUUCCUCUCCCUCGCCGCGCUGGCCAAGGCACGGCGGGAGGAGGGGUUUCGAGCGGCGCUCGGCGACGGCAAAGAACCCGCCGGCGUCUUUUCCCGCAUUGUCCAGUCUCACUAACCCUGUCCCCCCUCAGCCCCAACUGGUUGAGUGCGGUUGUCUUCCUGUCCUCUGCCAGUGGGCCACAGUGUGAGCCCACCUCAUUCCCCAGCUGUACUGAGCUCCUUCAGUCGCUGCUCACACUGGCCACUUAAGCACAGCUGCAGCAGGGCUUCAUCUCCGCAGCGUGUAACCAGGGAUACGGAUGAGAAGGUUCCAGUUUGACUGCCAUCUGCACUGGCCACUCAGGUGCACCCAGACUGUUCUCAAUCAUCCAGUAGCGAACAGCAAUAUUCAGAUAAAAUGGCCACUGGUCAAUAGGUAGACUGGCGGAGACGUUUGACUUUUUUUUUUUUUUUUUACCUGUGAUGUCUGAUCUUUGACAUUCUUUGUGCUCUGUUGUUGCAUUACUUAUAAACACCUGUGUACUUGCUUUCCUUGAAUAACUCAAGAAUGUUGAAGCAAUCAAUAAAACAAUUUUUUGUUA